AUGCCCAGAGACAAAUCAUCCUGGCAGCCGCUGCAAAAGCGCCAGAGAGCGACCAAGCAGAACAAAGGUCCUAUUCCUCUCCCCACUGAGAAGGCCUACCAACAAGACAAUGCUAUCCCAUCUUCUGUCCAGCAGUCUCUGCUGAACGUUUUCCGCGAUGCCUGCAACAAGGGCUCGCCUGCCGAGAUUGAAGAUAUCUUGCAGGAAGUCAAGGGUCAUCUCUUCAACCGUGACUUUGCUACCGCUUUUGGUAAGGAUGAAUAUCUCCAAGCAUAUGCCGCGAGAUGGAGCCCUAGCAGAGCAUUGGGUUAUGCCCAGAUAUUCUCUGACUUCAAACUGAACCUGGACUCAACUUCAGACUCUUCAAAACCUCUGAACAUUCUUUGCCUAGGCGGUGGAGCAGGCGCUGAGGUUGUCGGUCUCGCUGGUUGGUACAAGCAUUUGAGAGACGACAAGUCUUCAUCCGAAGACAAGCCUCAACCUAACAUCUCCAAACUCGAUAUCUUUGGUGUCGAUGUCGCCAAUUGGGACACAGUCAUGCAGGAUCUCCACCAAGGUGUUAUCACUCCUCCCUUCCUAUCAAAAUACGCUUCCGCAGCUGCAAAGGCCGCCAAUAACGCCGUCUUGCCCUCCGAGGUCUUCAACGUCCGCUUCAAGCAGCAAGAUCUUUUGGAUACUGACGCUGCUGGAGUCAAAGAUUUGCUUGCCAACAGCGAUAUCGUCACCAUCAUGUUCACUCUGAACGAGCUCUACAGCACUUCAGUAGCAAAGACCCAAAGACUCUUGUAUGCAUUGACAGCUUCGAUGCGCCCUGGAUCACUUCUGCUCGUCGUCGACAGCCCUGGAAGCUAUUCUACCGUCACACUCAACGGUGCCUCGCAGAAGUAUCCCAUGCAGUGGUUACUCGACCACACGUUGAUCUCGCCAAAGAAGGAUGCAGCGAAAGGUACUCCCGCACAGUGGAACAAGCUGUUGUCUGACGAGUCGAGAUGGUUCAGGUUACCUGAUGAGGACCUGAGAUAUCCUAUUGACCUCGAAAACAUGCGCUAUCAAAUCCAUCUUUACCAGAGACACGAUGGAAAGCAGGAACCGCUGCAAGAACAGCAGAAGUAA